AUGAAUAUCAGUACGUAUGAGGUGGGAGAUCCUCUAUGUAGGAUUAGGUUCUACCCUCUUCAUAUUAUGCUGGUAGCGGAGCAGCGAGGAAAUGGGGAGGUUGUCGGUGUGGUUAGGGGCUGCAUCAAGCAUGUGGGGACUAAAUUUGGAGGAAUGUGUGUCAACUUGGGUUGCAUUUUAGGCCUUCGGGUCUCUCCUACACAUAGGAGGAAGGGAAUUGGAUUAAAGCUUGUGAAUUCAAUUGAAGAAUGGAUGGUUAAAAACGGUGCGCAUUACACCUUCCUAGCAACGGAGAAGAACAAUAUGGCCUCUGUGACUCUCUUCACUACUAAAUGCAACUACGUAAAGCUAAGCUCACUAAUCAUAUUUGUACAACCAGCUAGUAAUUUCCCCGUCGAGGAUACGACGUCGUUUGGUUCACCAAGCUAUAAAAAAAUAGAGAAGUUGCACGUAGACCGAGCAAUUUCCUUCUACAACAAAAAACUUAGAAGCAAAGACAUGUAUCCGACGGACAUGGAUGGGAUUUUGAAGGAAAAUCUAAGCCUCGGUACCUGGAUAUCUUACUUUCAAGAAGAGAAAUGGAGUAGUUUGCAGAGAAAAUCAGAUACGAAGAUCAACGAAGAAGAACAAGAAGAAGAAAUCAGAUUGGGUGAAAAUAGGAUUUCUCCAAGCUCUUGGGUUAUUUUCAGCAUAUGGAACUCUUGUGAGGCCUAUAGAUACAAGAAUAUUCAUAUAACAAAGUCACAUCCUAUAAGCACGACGAUUCGAAGUAUAAGCCAUGCACGAGACAUGAUCUUCACAUGCCUUAAAAUGCCAACGAUCUGCAGCAGGUCGGCAACGACGUCGUCUACAUCAUCAACCUUAUCAGCGGUGGAGAAGCCAUUCGGGUUUCUCUUCCUCUACGGACUCCUCGGAGAAGGCGAAAGACUCGGUGAGCUCUUGAAGUCUGCAUGGAGCUUCGCGUCGAGACUGGCCGAAGACGUGAACUGCAAGGUGGUGCUGACCGAGCUCGGAGUCUCCGAUCCGCUUAUACCACACCUGCUGCCGCCGCAAGAAGCCGCUGGGUCCGCCAUGUCCUGCAUCGAUGAUCUCUGGUAUGUAAAGAAAGUAAGCUCGACAGAUGAGAAAGACGAUGAUGAGGUAAUCGCGGAGAUCGGCGAGUUUGGGAAUGUGUUCAUUGAUCCAAGAGACUUUUAG